AUGGGGGGAGGACGAGCCGGGGGCAAGAACGGGCUUAACACAGGAGACAUGGAAGACCGGCGGUCUAAGGCACUCCUCGCCGUGCUGGAGGCGUCACUACAGACCCGGGUUCGAUCCCAGGCUGUGUCACAGCCGGCACGUGACUGGGAGAACCAUAAGGUGGUGCGCGAUUGGCCCACCUUCAUCCGGCUGUCUGCCCUCCCCAGGACCAAUGAGCAGCUGGUGGGCUUCCUGACAAAGUACCGGGACAUGAACUUCAUCAAAUCCCACGGCAGAGACAACACACGGUUCAUCCGUAAGCAGGGUCUGGACCGGCUCUUCUUUGAGUGUGACACACACAUGUGGCGCCUAGGCGACCGCAAGAUCCCAGAAGGCAUUGCGGUGGACGGAGGUUCCGAUUGGUUCCUUCUGAACCGCAUGUUUGUGGAUUACAUCAUCAACUCUGAAGAUGAGCUGGUUGUCAGCAUGAAGCGCUUCUACGCAUACACACUGCUGCCUGCCGAGUCGUUCUUCCACACAGUACUAGAGAACAGUGCUCACUGUGAGAGUAUGGUGGACAACAACCUGCGUAUCACCAACUGGAACAGGAAGCUGGGCUGUAAGUGUCAGUACAAACACAUCGUAGACUGGUGCGGCUGCUCCCCCAAUGACUUCAAACCCCCUGACCUGCCACGCUUUCAGCAAACGUCCAGACCUACGUUUUUUGCCCGUAAAUUUGAGGCUAGCGUGAACCAGGAGAUUGUUACCCAGCUGGACAGCUUCCUGUUUGGCCCUUAUCCACAGGAGACCCCAGGGCUCCAGUCGUACUGGGAGAAUGUGUACGAUGAGACGGACAGCGUUGCCAGCCUAUCAGACAGCCAGCUCACUCACUACCACGCCUUCACACGCAUGGGCCUAUCACGGGCCGCCACGUCACUGCAGGGCCACCCUGACAACAACAGCUGCAGGUAUAUCCCCAGGGGCCACCCGGUGUCUGUCCAUUUGUACUUCCUGUCAGACGUGUUCCAAGGCUACCUGGUUCGUCAACAUGCUAGUAACCUAGCAACCAGCCAGCUAGAGACCCUAGAGACUUGGGUCUCCCAUAGCAACCACUUCACCCUGGCCCCGGCAACCAACACACUCAACAGACUACAGUUUGCAGAGGUGGGUACAGACUGGGACGCCAAAGAGAGAAUCUUCAGGAACUUCGGAAGCCUCCUGGGCCCCACGGAGGAGCCGGUUGCCAUGCAACGCUGGGUCCGGGGACAGAACGUCACGGUAACCGUCGUCUGGGUGGACCCCACCAACGUCAUAGCCGCCACGUACGACAUCCUGGUGGACGGCGGGACAGAGUACACACACUACCGGCCCCCGUUAACCGUGCCGUUACGUCCCGGCGUGUGGACGCUGCGUGUGCUGCAUCACUGGAACCUGCUGGCCUCCACCAGCUUUGUGGUUUCACCUCUGGAGCACCACGGCCAGCAGCCUAUACGCCAGGAAGACACAGUGAAGCUCCACAGCGGGCCGGUCCGUAACUCCUACAUGGAUCAGAGUUUCCACGGCCUCAACCCCAUCCUCAACCUCCCAGUGCACCUGGGACAGGUGGAGGAGGCGGAGUUUAAAGCAUCACUGACAGGGGCGGAGCUCCAGAGCUGGGUGGACCAUCUCCUGGCAGGGGUGUGGUCUGCAGCGGACGUGUGUUCUCAGGGUCCUAGCUCCUGUCCCGUUAUGCAGCGGUGUCGGGAGACGGGAUGGAGCGCGCUCAGUCCCGACCCGAAGUCUGAUCUGGGUCCCCCCAGAGGGAACGGACGGAUUAGGUAGCACCGUCGCCACGGCUACUGCUACAGCCAACCAAUGGCUUGGAGGAUGAACUGACGGGAAGCGUUUUAGUGUGUGGUGAGAUGGUCUGCUGCGUUCUAAAUUGUUCCUCCAUUUCCUGUAUACUGAGUGGACAAAACAUUAAGAACACCUGUUGUAUCCAUGACUGACCAGGUGAA